UGUGAGCGUAAAAAAUAAAAUAUAUGAGAAUGAGAAAACGCGCAUGCGUAUGUCAUAUAUAUGUGUGUGUAAUAGUUAAUAUUAGUCAGUAGUCGGUACCAACACGUAUAUUUAUACAUAUAUAAGACAUUGAUAUGUAUUAAAAAUAUAUAGAUAUAUACAAUUGUAUAUUUUCUUUCUCGUGGCUCGUGUUUCGUGUAAUAUGGUUAAGUGUUUCAUUCUCAUUCUGAUUCUAACUUGAUCUUCUUCACCAUCUUCAUCAGCUCAUUUAAUUAUAUAUUUAUUAUUAAUUACAAUCGAUAAAUAUCAUUUUAUGAAAACAUCACAAUCUUGACAAAUAAAUAUCAUUUUUACAUUGUCAGGUUUUAAAUCUACGUUCAAGUUUAGUGAUCAUUAUCUAAUAAUUAUACUAAUUAAUAGAUAAAAAGAAAAAAAUUUUUUUUUGCUUUUUGUUUUUAAAAAAAAAAAUUUAAAAACGUUAAAUAUCUAAAGGUUGGAAAGUGAUAAUAAAUUUAAAAAGUGAAGGGAAUGGGACAGUGACUUUGGACCAAGUGAUCAUCUGUUGUUUGUUUGUCUUCGUUAUAAAAAAUAAAUAUUUUUGAAAUUUAAAAAAUGUGGAGUUAUUAAAAAUAAUAAUAGAUUAUUUUACAAUAAAUAAGAAGAUAAAUUAAAAAUUUAAAUAAAUUCGCUAUGAGUUUUAAGAUAUUUGAAAUAUAUAUUGUGAUAUAAAGAGAGUGGAGGCAUGGAUCAGUAUCAUGAUAUGAACGAUAAUAUUAAUAUAAGUGAUGUCAUCGAAGUUAUUCAGACAACAGAUCCAGAAUUUGUUGAAGAAAGUAGAUGUCGAAAUCAACAACAGCAACAAGCUUUGAAUAUGAUGUCUGGUGGUGGUGUGGAAACAAGACCAGUUCUUGCUGGUAAUACAUCAGCCAGGGUUGGCUCUUAUGUUGAAAUCGUCGAACAACCCGCUAGUAAAGCCCUUCGAUUUCGUUAUGAAUGUGAAGGUCGCUCUGCUGGAAGCAUACCCGGUGUUAACAGUUCACCUGAGAAUAAAACAUUUCCUAGUAUAAGAAUAGUAGGAUACAAAGGACGUGCAGUAGUCGUAGUGUCAUGUGUAACAAAAGAUCCGCCAUAUAGACCUCAUCCACACAAUUUAGUUGGAAAAGAAGCAUGUAGACGCGGUGUUUGUACUUUGGAAAUAUCAUCAGAAAAUAUGACUGUGACUUUCGCUAAUUUGGGUAUCCAGUGUGUUAAGAAGAAAGAUAUUGAAGAAGCAUUGAGAGUUAGAGAAGAAAUUCGGGUUGAUCCUUUUCGAACUGGUUUUGAACAUAAGAGACAACCGGCUAGUAUUGAUUUAAAUGCAGUCAGAUUAUGCUUCCAAGUAUUCCUUGAAGGAACUGAUAAAGGAAAAUUUACUGUACCAUUAACACCGAUUGUAUCGGAUCCCAUUUAUGACAAAAAGGCAAUGUCUGAUUUAGUGAUAUGUAAACUGAGUCACUACAGUGCUCCAGUAGCUGGUGGUAUGGAGAUGAUAUUGUUGUGUGAAAAAGUCGCCAAAGAAGAUAUUCAAAUACGUUUUUUUGAAGAACGUGACGGUCAAUUUGUUUGGGAAGGGUUUGGUGAUUUUCAACCAUCACAUGUUCAUAAACAGGUGGCAAUAGCGUUCAGAACACCGACAUAUCGUAUCCAACAAGUCGAGCAUCCAGUGCAAAUUUACGUUCAACUAAGAAGGCCGUCAGAUAAUGCAACUAGUGAAGCACUACCCUUUCAAUUUCUACCACUUGGCGCAGGUAGGCCCGCGUUUUGGUCAUUAAGAAAAAUUUUAGCUAAAAAGAAACCCGACCCCGAGAUAUUUAAUAAAAUACUAUCUUCUGAUACCUCCAUAUUCGGCGGGAUUAAUCAACGACUACCACGUAAUUUAGAUGAAUUUAAUAAUAACACAAAUAAUAAUAACAAUAAUAAUAAUGACAGUUUUGAUUUAGCAAUAUCACACGGUAAAAUAUCAGCACUGCGUGCUCUUAAUGAUCUUUACAAUAAAAAUACAGAUACUCUUAAAAAAUUAAAUAAUUCACAGCAAUUGAUAAUUAAUUCCCCGUCAAAUAUUAUUGAUAUUGAUAAUGAAAAUAACGAAAAUUUCAAGGCAAUUAAUAAUUCAUCUAAAAAAUAUUUAAAUGAUGAUGAAUUAAAUAAAAUUCCUUCGCAACAUGAAUCAACAAUUACCGAGAAAAAAAUAUAUACCGAAAAUAUAAAUACAAAUAACUCGGACAUUGAAUUGUUGCCAAAAGAUAAAACUGAUUGGUUUGACUACUCGGAAGUUGGCAAGUGGGUCCAUAAAAGUAAAGAAGAAUCUCUGAAUAGCAAAACAGAAAUUACCAAUAAAAAUAAUGAUAACAAUUUACAUAACACUGAAAAUAUUUUAAAUAAUGACGAAGAAACAAAAUCAUUGGAUGAAUUAAUAACACAAGUUGCUGAGCUAGAUGAAAUUUACGCUGAUACUCAUACUAAAAUAUUGAAAAAUAAUUUAUUGACACAGUCAAAUUUUAUUAAUGAUAAUAAAUAUCAGCAGACAUUUAUGGAUAUCGAUAAUUGUGACAAUCAAACCUACACGAGCUUGCAGUUAGCCAUGAAAAACCCAAUAGACAUACGACCAUAUGACAGAAUAAAUAUAAAUAGUGAAGAUGAUCGCAAGUAUGAAGACGUCGCGAUACCAAGUCGCGAAACAAGUUUACCACCUGGUCCACCGCCACCAUUACCACCAUCGUCGUCAUUGUUGAUAUCAAAAAGAGACGUUACUUAUGCUUAUGACGAAAAAAUACCGCCUUUGCCGCCAAAACGUUUGCGAAAAAUGACAACGUCCAUGCCCACGUUGCCACGUUCAUCUUCGCAGUGCAAGCAAUUGUCAAUAAAUGACAGCGCGCCGCACAAAAAUUUGCCCUCGCUGCCUCCCACUCUCACUAAGUCCAAGCAAAGUUUGUUUGCUAAAUUAUUUAAUAAAAAGCACAGCAAUAAUUAUGGUAAUAAAAAAGAUAGUGAUAAUAACAAAGAAAUUAACGUGGCACGAGGUAACAUAUUGAUAAGUGAUAGAAAUGGUUGUGAUCCUGAUGAUAGUAAUUCAAUGUCAUUGAGAGACAGUACCCAGGAUAUUUCAUCAACGAAUUUUGAUUUACCACGAGCUAGUGUUGCCAGUGUCACUGCUGUUAAAUCUUUUGAUAUCGAUGGCGACGAAUCACCGCCUUAUGGUAUUGAAUUAACUGAAGCUGAACACUACGCUCUUUAUACUGCAAUGGCACCACAUGCUACUGCUUCCGAGUUUGAUGAAUUGUCAUUUUAUUACAGCCCUGUCGAGGGUGGAAAAAUUUUAACAGAUACCAAAGAAACGUAACCCGUGUAUAGAUUAUCAGUGACAAGAAGUUUGCUCUUGUAAACUUCGAAACACGAAAUACAAAAACGAGCUUCUGUUCAAGAGGAAAAUCAAUGCAAGUAAUUUCAGAAGUUUAAAAAUCGUUUAAAAAAAGAUCGUCAUUGUGUCACAUUUUGAAGUUUGAAAUAGUCAGUUUUUUCAAAAUUUUUUUACACGGGAAUAUCGUUUUGUUAUUUAAAAAAUUAAGUUUAUUUAAGUAAACUUAAUUUAUUUAUUUAAGCUAAAAAUUUAAAUCAAUCAUUGAAUGAAGAAAAAACUUUUCGCAGCAAUUAAAUUUUAAUGACUAUAAAUAAUGAAUUAUUUAUAAUUAUUUAAUAGCUGGUUGGAUAAAACGUCGAAUUAAAAAUUUAUUUAUUAUUUUUACGCACUAAUAUUUUAAAUAUAACUUGAGAUUUAAUGAUUAAUUAAUAAGUUAUUUAUUAAUUAAUUAAUUACAGUAAAUUAUUUAUUUAAAGUGCUUCCAUAAUUAUUUUAUUAAAUAAUUUAAUGCGACCUUUUAAAAAAAUUAUAUUUAGAAGAAUAUAAUUGAUUGAUUUUUUUUGUUAAUUACUGAAAUUUAUGAAUAAUGAUUAAGUAAUUAAUGGGGUAUUUAUUAAUUAAUCUAGUCUUGAAGAUUAAUGGACAAAAUUUUUUAACUUUUGUCAUUUGCGAGUUUUUUUUUCUAGUCAAAAUGCAGUGCCAUAGAUUGUUAUGUUUUAUUAUUGAUUAUUAAUUAUAAAUUAUACGUAUGAACAUUAAGUGUCGAACUUGAUAAACUUUAGUCUAUAGAAGCAAAAAAAGUCUUUGAACACACAGAUAAAUUUUUAAAUUGUUGUAUCAAAGUUAUUGAUUUGAUAUUUUAAAUUAUAGUUGUUUUUAUUAUGCAAUUUUUAAAUGGAAAAAUUUUAUUAUAAUUGAGAGCUAACUCGAUUUUCCUGAGCCAAGUGAAUUGUCUUGGUCAGAGGAGAUUUUUAUUUUGUCUUGAAAAGGUUUUCAAACAAAUUUUCUCAGCAAGAACAAAUUUUUUCCAGUCCUCAGAAAAUUUUUGUCUUCAAUUCAUAGUGCAAAACAUUUAUUGCGUUAAGAAAUCCUUUUUUUCUGUGAAUAAUAGAGAGGAUUUUUGAAUUGCUUACUCUAAAAUUUAUGUACCAAGAGACUUUCUCAGUAAAAAGUCAAGCAAAAUUAUUUAUGUUUUAAUUAUAAACUUAAAUCAUAAUGAUGAUAUUUGUCUUUUUGAAAAAUUGCUCUAGCUUUUAAUUGCUUUUAUACACUGACUGUUUAAAAUGGCCUUAUACUUAAUUUUAUUAGAGUGAAAGAAUUAAUAAUUAUCAUUAAUUAGGAAAUGGUGAUUAAUAUUUUUUUUUUUUAUAUGAAAAUUAAUUUAUAAAUAAAAAAACAAAAAAAU